AUGACUACCCCCGAAGUGCUCCGGUCCACGAGCCUUCGCAGCCGGUCCGCCGUGAGAAACGCCACCUCUACUCCGCAGCAUCAGGCCGGAGGCGCGGGGGGUGCUGCUGCUGCAACGCACGUCACCCCCGCCAGGGGCACUCCCAGCGAGAGGAGGCUUUUCUCCCCGGAAGAUUCCAACAGAUGGGGCGGACAAGGAGGAGGAGGGGGUGGUUCUGCGGCCCGCCUGACCCCGUCGGAGGUGGCUAAGGCCGGAAAGAGAGCAAUCGCUGUACGGCCUCAGGAUGUUGGAGACCUCAUGAAGGUCUACGAUGACAGACACGCUAAGCCUGCUCCAGCGGACCCUGCUUCACAGGUGUACCAAGGCGACUCCGCUCAGGAGGGCCACGGUGGAAGGGAGGACGAGUCCGACAAAGAACGCGCAAAACAGCUCCUGGUUUCCCUCGGGAUCGCCGACAAGACCGACGACUACACAAAGAACGUCAAGACGUACAUGGUUGGCCUCAUGAGGACAUACCUGAGGCACUUCGAGAACGUGUGUCGCCUUCUGGAAGAGCGAGGUGUUUCCCGGGAGAUUCUGAGGCAGGAGGUUCACAGGCAACCCCAGCUGCGCACCAGGAGCUCACCCCGUGCCCACGUGAACCUCUCCCUCAGGGACAUGGCGCAACAGCUCUCCACCGACCGGGACUUCUACGUGCAAGGGAACGACGGCCAGCAGACGAGCCUUUUCCGCGAGUAUCAGGUGCUGGAGGAGGCGUUGCAUGUAACUGCCGGCUCCGGCACCGGGGUCGCCGCCGGGGGAAACCCCGCGUACGUGCUGUCCCGCCUGAGCGUACUGUCCGAGGACGACUUCAUGUCCGCCUUCGACUACGCUGGGGGAGGCGGGUAUCCGGCAGGCCGCGACUGGGCCGCCGACCUUCCGACGGACGCGGCGAUCGUGAUGAAGCUGUUCGUAUGCUGCAGCGACAAGCUCUUGCCCAGGGACUGGGAGGAGGACAGGCCUUUCGCCAGGCAGUUUUUCGUGGACAGAGCACCCUCUAGCCAAGAUGCCCUUCCCGGCAGGUUUUUCCUGACGCGGAACGAGGUGCUGCACCCGCCUCACUUCUUCGUGAUAGCCGACCAAGCGUACUGGCACGCCCUUCCUGGCUCGACCAACGUUUUCCAGGCGAUCGCCCUCUUCUUCCACGCCAUCAAGACGCGCAAGUCGAGCUACCUCGGCCCAGGUAUCAGCGUUGCCAACAUCGUCAACGAGAUGUUCGGGGGGGAGGAAGAACCAGUCGCAUCCGCCCGCGGAUUCUGAGGUAGAAAAGCGUACAAAGACGUGUUUUUUUUAUGUUUUUCCUGAUGGGACAGCUGCUGCGUCGAUUGAGUUUCCUGUCGACGGCGAAGCCGAAAUAGUAGCCCUCUCUCUCGUGUUGGACUUGGACCGUCACUGAGCGAACUUGUUCUCGGCCGGGUUGUGGUUUGGUCGGCAGGCGAUCUUCACGGUGAUGGGUGGUGUCUUUUGAGGAUCUAGGGGCAUGUUGCUCGAGUACUUGCUUGACAAUACUGUUCUCUCUCGGUGUAAAUACACUGCUGUGCGUGCGUAUAUUUGUUGGUGGGUCACCAUGAAGAACAGGAAGGACCGCCGACACCCAUACCAUCAUCAUGGACGCGAUGUCCACCAUUAUCGCAGGAACAAAGUGUAGGCAUCAACGUGGACAAAUGACGAUAUAUCUCUCCAGCGAACACGAUAUUUGAAAAUCAAUGCGUGAUGAGCAUUGCCGACAUGCAACAGUGGCGUCUAGCCAGCCUUGUUUGGUGACCCUUACCAUGAUGAGCCGACAAGCCGACGUUUGUAAGCAUCAACCACCAAGCAGUUUCACAGGGCUCAUGUUGACAUGCGUCCUUUGGCUGCAGUCACGCGAAGGUACUACGGAGGAAUGAUUUUCACCUCUGGAAAUGACUACGGUGAUAUAUAUAACUUCAUGAACUAUGCUACUUAUCCCGCUUGGGAGGGUAGACGGUAUCGUUGCGAGGGUCUGUCCCCCCGGGCACAUUGACAAGGCCAGUUUGCCACGGUGUAAUCGCUCCUCCUGUCCGUCAGCGAUGUGACAAGGAAGUCUCCCAUUAGGAGGGCGUAGUAAUGGACUUUGCAGUAGGUUGACUUUUUAGGGGGGUACACUUGAGGCGGAACUACUGCUGUAUACGUUCUUGCUGCCGAAGGAGUGAUGUGGCCACCGGUCGAGGUCGGGUCUCCGCCACGUUUUGGUCGAGGUAGGCCAAGGUUGCACCUAUGCAUUCGAUAGCGCAGGUCUUCCCUGUUUGACGAGUGGUGCACAGAUGCAACGAUCAAGUGCACCAAAAAUGGGCCUUCAAC